GCCCACUCCUCGCGCGCGGGCGGCGAGCGGCGGUUGACGGUUGGCGGUUUGAAAAUGGCGGACGGCGGGAACCUGAAGAUCAGGCUCAGGAACUCCAAGAUGGACACAGAAGAUCAGGAUUCCAUCAAAAAAAGCCGUCGCACAGAACAGGGGCCUCAAGAGUCGGAACUGGACCCCAAGCCGGAUCCAACCCCGCCACGAAGGAGCCUCCGCAAGGCGCAAGGUGUCAGCCCUGGGCUCCCGACUGGCUCCCUCGAGCCCCCCCCAGGCCCAUCCCUAGCCCCCAGGCUCAGCCCGAAGCCUCCCGCCAAAAAGAGCCCCCGCUCCUCCCUGCUAUCCUGGCGCCGCUCCAGCUUCAAAGGCAGAAAGAGCCGGAAAUCUCUGCCACCGAUCCACUGUGACACCACAGAGAUCUUCAAGGGCAUCAGCCAGGAUUUGCCCGAAGAUGAGAGACUGGCGCAGCUUUUAGAAGCCUGUCUGCGGUAUUGCCUGCAGAAGUUGGAGCAAACCUCGGAGCCAGCAGAGGACCCCAACUCUCCCACCUUCCAGGCACGUGCCGCUACCCUCACCAGCGAGUUCAAGCGGACGGUGGAGGCCAUGAAAGUGGACGGGACGUUAAAGAAGUGUACGGAGAGAGCAGAAGUUCCUACUAACCCAGAGACGCAAAUGAUAAUGGAUCAGUUGAAGCAAGACUUUACCAGGUUAAACAACGAGUGCAAAGCCUGGGACCAGAUACUGACAAACUGGAAAGAAAAACAAGAACAGGCGACCAAGGAUUUGGAACAAGUGAAAUUUUGCAAGGUGGAAGCGGAGCCUGUGCUGGAGAAUUCUCAGACGCACGUGAUCGAGAGCAAACCUGAUUACAGCCACAUCCUGGGGAAGGACGCAGGGAUUCUGCAAAGCCUGGAAUGUAUAAUGGACCGACUGCAGCUGAUGAUCCAGGUGCUGAACAGCGCCAGGCAGGAGUGGGAGGAGAGUCUGCAGAGCAUCUCGGCCUCAGUUGCGUCCAAUGCGUUCCAGGGCCUGGAAUGUUCCCCCGUGCGGAAAUUUUUCAGUAUCACAAAGAAGUAAUUUCGAAGGAGCUGAGAACCUGUGAGUCUGUAAACGAAUCACCGUUUACGCAGAGAGAGACACACAGACAGACAGACAGACAGACAGACAGACGCUGUGUAUUGAUCUUGUCUCCACAGCGUCUAAUGUGUUCCAGGGCCUGGAGAGAACCCUGGGUUCGCUGAAGCCGACAUCUUACUGGAGUGGCUUCAGUUCUGAGCUGCUCUGCUGCAGCAAAGGUUACCCGUGGCCUGAACACUCUCUCCCCCCACCUCGCUGCCGAGCCGAGCCGAGCCGUCACUGACUUAAACCCUCUGCAGCUUCAUCUCCAGAGCUUCUCUGGGUGGACAGGGACCCAUUGAAGGGCUGACAGGACACUGCAAUCCCGCGUGCGGCCGGCAGUCCUGUCUAUUCAGGCCAGAUCAGAAAAAAACUGCAGCCGCUUCGGUCACCGAAGCCUCCGCAGCAGACACGUCACUUGCUAGAAACAUGUUAUAUUUUAUCUGGGAGCCGUCUGGGAGUUUAAUGCCCUGUGACCCUGCGAUUCCGCCUUUGUCUAUUCCACGCCUGGAGUCUGGUCGUGCGUUUAAAUGUUGUCGAGUUUUGUCGCUGAGUGACUUCAGCAGCCGUGUCCUUCAGUUUGAGAUGUUCUAUCGCACAUUAAAAUGUUUUCAAGUC